UAUACCUCUAUAAGCUCUGCGUUCCCCGUACAAUGUGGUGUCUUCGUGCCGCAUUGUGUAGAUCAAUAUAAUAACGUACGGAUAUAAUACCUAAGUAAUAUUCCACAGUGUCGCGUACACUGUUAACUUUACGUUUGUCGCUAAUAGAACAUAUAUAGUAAGAUACACGCUGUCUAAAAACACGGACGUGCCUAUACCGGCGUAUAUAUAAUAGGCAUUAUAUUAUAAUAUACUGUCACAGCCGAAAAUACGUAUAUAUCAACAUAGCGCUGUUACAUUCACGCCACGUGUGUUCAUGAAGAAAUGACAAUAAACCAACAUGAACAGAUACAUGACUCUGAAUCAGCUUGGAGACGGCACGUACGGAUCAGUCGUGUUGGGACAAAACAUAGAUACCGGAGAAAAGGUGGCCAUUAAAAGAAUGAAAAGAAAAUAUUAUUCUUGGGAUGAAGCAAUGAAUUUGAGAGAAGUUAAGUCUUUGAAAAAAUUAAAUCAUGCUAAUUUAAUAAAGUUGAGAGAAGUCAUUAGAGAAAACGAUACUCUUUACUUUGUAUUCGAAUACAUGAAAGAAAAUCUGUAUCAACUUAUGCGGAGUCAAAGCAAAUUUUUUCCCGAACAAUCUAUCAGAAAUAUACUUUAUCAGAUAUUGCAAGGAUUGGCGUUCAUGCACAGGCAUGGUUUCUUUCACCGGGACAUGAAACCGGAGAACUUGCUGUGCUGCGGCCCCGAGUUGGUCAAGAUCGCCGAUUUCGGUUUGGCCCGGGAGACUCGGUCGCGUCCUCCGUACACCGAUUACGUGUCCACCCGAUGGUAUCGAGCGCCAGAGGUGUUAUUGCAUUCGAUCAAUUACAGCACACCGAUCGACUUAUGGGCCGUCGGCUGCAUCAUGGCCGAGUUGUACACGUUCAGACCGUUGUUUCCGGGCACGAGCGAGAUCGAUCAAAUAUUCAAAAUAUGCUCGGUCUUAGGAACACCUGAUAAGAAAGAAUGGUUUGAAGGUUACCAAUUGGCAUCAGCAAUGAGUUUUAAGUUUCCUCAAUUCAAACGAUUAGCGCUUAAUACGGUUGUACCAAAUGCAAGUCGCGAUGGAAUACAUUUAAUGGAAUUACUACUUAGUUGGAAUCCGAUUCGAAGACCAAGCGCACAAAGUGCUUUAAGGCAACCAUACUUCCAAGUAGGACAACAACGUUUGAGUCAGGACGUAGGAGAAGUGUCUUAUGCUAAGAUUGGUCAACAAAAAAGACAACCUGUACAACUGAUGAAAUCACAAAUUUCACUCCUACAAUCCAACAGUAACAAGCAACUAAAAUAUGAAAAACAAUGGGGAACAUUGACGAACAAGCCAAUCGAUAGUAAAGAGAAAACGUGGUAUGAUAACGAUGCAGAUGUCAUGGUGCUGAGCAAAAAGAAACUAAGCGCCAAGCAACAUUAUCUAUCCGUGGCCAGAUAUGUAACGGGGAGGGCUUCCAACUUUCAAGCAUCUGAGAAUGAGAAUAUAUCAAAAAGCAUGAGAAAUGAUACGUUCCCAUCCGUAAGCAAAGUGUCUUAUGGCCAAAUAAGUGAUAAGAAUAAAAAUGGCAAACGACAUGGAAAAGCCGAAUGGACGUCAAAGUACUUGGAGUAAAUUGAAUAAUUAUUAAAAUCAAAAGCUGUAAUUAAUCAAAUUAAAAAAAAACAAUCAAAAUAAUUUUAUUUUUUUAGCUUUGUAAGCUCUGCCAUGUAUACGCGAUUAAUUUAUUGUAUAUUAAUAAUAAUAUCACAUAUUAUAAACAUUUAGUUUUUUAAAAUACUAUUUUAAACAUUUUUAUAUUGUGUACGCUAAAAAUAUUAUUCGAAUAUUUAGUAUUUAGCUUUAUGAACGAUAGACAAAUGUUAGAAAAUUGAAAUGUGAUUAGAAAUUCUAACAUUAAAAGUUUAACAUUCUAUUAUAUCAUGAAGCGAGCACAUAUUGUGCAUGUAAUCAUUAUUAGUUAAACACGUAAAUAUUUAAUUAAAAAAUAAAUAUUUUGUAUUUUAUACAAUACCUACUAAAUUGUGAAGUGUAGUAAAAAUACACAAAUAUCAUAUACUUACCCUGUAAUAAUUUAAUUUGAGUUUUUUUUUUACAAGGAUGUUAAAAUAUAAGCAGGCAAAUUUUGUUUCAUUAUCAGGCCACUAUAUUUCUUUAUCAUAGUAAAUACGCAUAUUUUAUGGGGCUAAAAAUUUAAACAUUUAUUAUUUUAAUAAAUUAAACAAUUGAAAAGUUGAAAGUAGAUUUUGAUGUGCAUAUGACAUUCCAAUAGUGCCUAUACCUUUAAAGGACCUAAGUAGUAAUUACAUCUAUAAUCUAUAAGCAAAAAAUAUUAAAUGUACAUCGCAUUACCUCCAU